UCCAGUAAUGUAGAUCUAGAUCUAUAUAGAGUAUAGAGGUCUAGAUCGAUUAUAGAUCUAGAUAUAGACUAGUAGAUCUAGGAAUCUAGGUCUCAGUUUAGAUUCUAUUAUCUGGGCAUCUAAACUAUUACUCUAGAUUUUACGAUAUCUAUAUCUACUCUACUCAGUCACUAAUCUGUCUAAACUUAAAACUAGACAUAUAGUCAUAGUGACUAGAUAGAUCUAGAUUAUUCUAGAUCUAGUUAGUCUAGUAUCAUACUCAUAGUCAUAGGGCGAUAGGGUAUUAUAGUAUAGUGACUAGAUUCUAGAAAAAAAUUGUUUAAAAAAUGUCGAAAAAGAAAGGAUUAAGCUUGGAAGAAAAACGUUCCAGAAUGACAGAAUUUUUCUAUGAAAAGAAAGACUUUUUCCAGCUAAAAGAUCUAGAAAAACUAUGUCCAAAAGAGAAAGGCAUUACGAGCAUGUCAGUGAAAGAAGUUGUACAGAGUCUUGUUGAUGAUGGAAUAGUAGAUACUGACAAAAUUGGUACAUCCAUCUAUUUUUGGGCAUUUCCUAGCAAGUCAAGUCAAAAUAGAAAAAGAAAACUAGAUGAGCUAGAUGGAAAGCUGAAAGCAUUGGCAGCCAAAAAAGAACAACUACUAGUAGCAUUAGAAAAGGCCAAAAUUGGCAAAGAGGAUUCUGAUGAACGAGUGGAGGUCAUUGAAGAGCUCAACAAAAGGAAGGCAGAAAAGGCAGCACUAAAUGCUGAGAUUGAAAAAUACAAAGAUUCUGAUCCAAGUGUUUUGGAAAAAUAUAAACAAGAAGCUGAACAAGCAAAAGAGGCAGCUAAUAGAUGGACAGAUAACAUCUUCUCCACAAAAUCUUGGAUCAAGAACAAAUUCUCCUUUGAAGAAAGUGUGCUAGACAAACAGUUUGGUAUACCAGCUGACUUUGACUAUGUUGAGUGAUUCCUAUAUUUUACUAUGAAGAGUUUAGAUAGAAUGUACUCCUUUGGUGAGUAAAUGGUCUGAAAGUAUUCUGUCAUUUCUCAUUCCUUGAAUGAACUUUAUUUUUUCUUUAAAAUCUUCAGUCUUGUAAAGUUCAUCUGUUCAUGUGACCAUUGAUUUAUGAAAAUAAUAUGUCAUGAAUAUUUGUUUUCACUCCACUAUCAGUCUGGUAUCAAUUUAAGUUGGAUGAACAGUACGACUUAAACCAAUGAUUUAGUAGCCCAGCAUAAAAAUACCAUGUUGUAUAAAUAUUUUUUGAAUUUGUAAAUAUUAAAUAUUUAUAUAGACAAGAAUAUGAAUUGAUUGUUACCCUUGUUGCCAAGUUUGAUGUUUUUAUACUUAUUUGUUUGCUGUUGAUAUGUACACAUUUAUUGUUAUUAAAUU